AUGGCUUCAGCACAGUUUCGUAAGCCUCCGCAGGCGCCCCCAAGCUUCACGGCAACGCCCGAGUCACUCGUGAAGGACACGGAGGACAUGUUGGCUCGUUCAAAGAAGAUCGCGGACGAUAUCGUUGCUCAAGUUGCGCCGGAGGACGCGACGUUUCAGAAUGUGCUUCUGCCCAUGGCGCAUGACGAAAACCAGCAAGCAUUGAAACUAGCAUCCUAG